AUGACGGCCAUCCAAAAGAACAUCGAAGCCUCAUCGGCCAGCUACUCGGCCUCCUUCACCCAGGGCCACCUCGCCCUCCCGCCCGCAAAGAAAUACCUCGUCCUCACUUGCAUGGACGCCCGCAUUGAUCCCGCGCGUGCCUUUGGCAUCGAGCUGGGCGAUGCGCACGUUGUUCGUAAUGCCGGCGCUUCAGCCGUCGACGCGCUCCGCUCCAUCGUCAUCAGCCAGCAGCUGCUGGGCACCAACGAGGUGGUGGUGGUGAAGCAUACCGGAUGUGGCAUGCUGACGUUCAAGAAUGAGGAUGCAUACCGCAUUGUCGGGGAGAAGCUGGGUGCGGAAGCCGUUGAGGAGCUUCACCAGAGGAAGCUUGACUUUUUGCCUUUUCCCGAGCUCGAUGAGGCCGUUAAGGCGGAUGUUGAGUUUCUGAGGGCGUCAAAGCUGGUCUCAGAUUCGGUCGUUGUUAGCGGGUGGGUGUAUGAAGUAGAGACGGGUAAAACAAGGCGGGUCGUCUAA